AUGGAUGUAGAUGUGUCCUUGCCAUGGAAAAUCCUGAAGGAAGCUGAAGAACAGAAACGCAGAGAAGAAGAAGAAAAAGAGAGAUUAAGAUUGGAAGAAGAAACAAGGUUGCAAGAAUUACAAGAGCUGCAACAUCAAGCUCAACAAAAGAGAUUAAUUCAAGAAGCCCUUAACAGACAGACAUAUCACCAAUUUAAAGCUUAUGCUGAACAGCAAUAUCCAGGAAAUCCUGAACAACAAGGUGUACUGAUAAGACAAUUGCAAGAACAACAUUAUCAACAAUAUAUGCAACAGGUAUUACAACAGCAACUUUUACAAAAUCAAAAAAUAACUCAAAAUGAAAACAACACGGUUAAUGAUUCAAAUAAAGAAAAUUCAGAUCAGCAACAACUUCAUGAAAAUGAUGUACCUGAAAGCAGUGAAGAUGAUUCAGAACUGCCGGCUAUGCCAGCUGCAUCUAUGUGGACCCGUAAAGAUGUAUGGGAAUUCAAGGAGACAAUCAGAAAAGAAGGAGGUGAUGGUAUUAUUAAAGUAGGACAUGGAGAAACUGUUACAGUCAGAGUUCCAACUCAUGAUGAUGGAACUUGUUUAUUUUGGGAAUUUGCUACUGAUAAUUAUGAUAUAGGCUUUGGAGUGUACUUUGAAUGGACAAAAAAUCCAGGUACUCAAGUAUCAGUUCAUAUAAGUGAAAGUGAGGAUGAUGAUGAUGAUGAAGAAGAAGAAAAUGAACAAGGAAAUCAUAAAGAAAUUGAAGGAAAUCUGGAGUCGGGUCUCUCUCUUACAAAUCGUUCAUUAACUAGUGUAAUUAUACCUGUUUAUAGAAGGGACUGUCACGAAGAAGUGUAUGCAGGCAGCCACGUUUAUCCCGGACAAGGUAUCUAUUUAUUGAAAUUUGAUAAUUCUUAUUCAUUGUGGCGUUCGAAAACUCUCUACUAUCGUGUUUAUUAUACACGGUGAAACACUCCAUUCAUCUAGAUAAAACAUAAGUAACU